GCGGGGCUCAGGUGCAGAGAGGCGCAGGAGGGGGAGGGGGCGAACGCCACGAAGUGUAGGGGCGGCAGAGAGGAGGGGGUUACGCCGCGACGUCGGCAGCGCGAGGUUUCGCGCGUGAGCUGCGCGGGCCCUGGGCCUCGGUAUCAAGCUUUCCUCGGUGGGCGAACAAGUCGUCGACGGUGGCUCCUGGCGGAGCGCGGGGAGGUAGAAGGUGUCGGUGUCAGCAGCGUAGUCAACGGCGUCCCAGGCCAUGGAAGAGUCGCAGCCGCUUCCGCAGCCCGGGCUGCCGCUGUGCGACAGCCUCAUGAUCUGGCUGCAGUCAUUCAAUACCACUGCACCUUGUCAAGAUGUCAAACAGCUGACUAAUGGAGUUGCCAUGGCACAGGUUCUUCAUCAGAUUGAUGUAGCUUGGUUCGAUGAACCUUGGUUAAGCCGAAUUAAAGAGGAUGUUGGUGACAACUGGAGAAUAAAGGCUAGUAAUUUAAAGAAGGUCCUUCAAGGAAUUAUGAGUUACUACCAUGAGUUUUUGGGACAGCAGAUUCCUGAACAACUUAUCCCUGAUUUAAACCAAAUAACUGAAUGUUCAGAUUCUGUGGAACUUGGGAGGUUGCUUCAGCUUAUUUUAGGUUGUGCAGUCAACUGUGAAAAGAAGCAAGAACAUAUUCAAAAUAUAAUGACAUUGGAAGAGUCUGUUCAGCAUGUGGUCAUGACUGCUAUUCAAGAGUUGAUGAGUAAAGAAAUACUAAACUCUCCUACAAAUGAUGCUGUUGGGGAAUUAGAACAACAGCUUAAAAGGGCCUUGGAACAACUUCAGGAAGCACUAGCAGAAAAAGAAGAGCUGAGUCAGAGAUGCCAAGAAUUAGAUAUGCAGGUGACAGCACUUCAAGAUGAAAAGAAUUCCCUGGUUUCUGAGAAUGAGAUGAUGAAUGAAAAACUUGACCAGUUGGAUGGCUCUUUCGAUGAUCCAAAUUCAAUGGUUGCAAAAAAGUAUUUUCAUGCACAAUUACAACUAGAACAAUUACAGGAAGAAAACUUCAGGCUUGAAGCUGCAAAAGAUGAUUACCGGGUUCACUGUGAAGAGCUUGAAAAGCAGCUAAUUGAAUUUCAACAUAGAAAUGAUGAAUUGACGAGUCUUGCUGAAGAAACAAGAGCCCUGAAAGAUGAAAUAGAUGUUCUUAGAGCUACUUCUGAUAAAGCAAGUAAACUAGAGUCAACAGUUGAGAUAUAUCGUCAGAAACUACAAGAUCUGAGUGACCUUCGCAAGCAGGUGAAAACUUUACAAGAAACGAACAUGAUGUAUAUGCAUAAUACAGUCAGCUUAGAAGAAGAAUUAAAGAAGGCUAAUGCAGCACGUACGCAAUUAGAAAUAUACAAAAGGCAGGUUCAGGAUCUUCACAUUAAACUUUCCUCAGAAUCCAAAAGGGCAGACACACUAGCAUUUGAAAUGAAGCGACUUGAAGAAAAACAUGAAGCUUUAAUUAAGGAAAAAGAGAGACUGAUAGAACAGCGUGAUACUCUCAAAGAAACGAAUGAAGAGCUUCGAUGUUCACAAGUACAACAGGAUCACUUAAACCAAACAGAUAUAUCUGCCACAAAAAGUUUUGAAAAUCUUGCUGCUGAAAUUAUGCCUGUGGAAUAUAGGGAGGUAUUUAUUCGACUGCAACAUGAAAAUAAGAUGCUUCGCUUACAACAGGAAGGGACUGAGAAUGAACGUAUUGAAGAACUUCAGGAGCAGCUGGAACAGAAGCACCGUAAAAUGAAUGAACUGGAAACUGAUCAAAGGUUGAGCCAGGAGCGUAUCCGAGAAUUACAGCAGCAGAUUGAGGACCUCCAGAAGUCUUUACAGGAGCAAGGCUCCAAGUCCGAAGGUGAAAGUUCCAGCAAACUAAAGCAGAAGUUGGAAGCUCAUAUGGAAAAGCUAACAGAGGUCCAUGAAGAAUUACAGAAGAAACAAGAGCUCAUUGAAGAUCUCCAGCCAGAUGUAAACCAGAAUGUACAAAAGAUCAGUGAACUUGAAGCUGCUCUUCAGAAGAAAGAUGAAGAUAUGAAAGCAAUGGAGGAAAGAUAUAAAAUGUACUUGGAGAAAGCAAGAAAUGUAAUAAAAACUUUAGAUCCCAAAUUAAAUCCAGCCUCAGCUGAAAUAAUGCUACUUAGAAAACAGUUGUCAGAGAAAGAGAGAAGAAUUGAGAUUCUGGAGAGUGAAUGUAAAGUAGCAAAGUUUCGUGAUUAUGAAGAAAAACUCAUUGUAUCUGCCUGGUAUAAUAAGAGUCUGGCAUUCCAGAAACUAGGAAUGGAAUCUAGACUUGUGAGUAGUAGUGGUGCUUGCAAGGACGCUGGGGCAUGUCCCCCUGCACGGUCUUUCUUAGCACAGCAACGGCAUAUCACCAACACCAGAAGAACUCUCUCUGUCAAAGUUCCUGCUGCAACAUCUGAUUAAACUGCAAA